UUCCCGUCGUGCCUGACUAAGGCUGGGGAACAGCAUCUCUUCCUGUCCUCGCUGCGAAGCGCUCCUCUAAACGCACUAAAAUAGUUUUGCUGUAGACUUUCCACACAGGUUCCGAGUUAGCUGAUUCUGCUUGUGGUGCCGGGGGUUGGGGCUGAGUCCGCCCUCUCCCGCAUCAGGCAGUGUCUGAGGCACCCGCGACGGCUGAGGUCCUCCAGCAGCCUCCGGGCGACGCUGGCAGGAGCGUUCCGGCACCAAGAUGGCGGCGGCCGCGGAGCUGACUGCCGCGGGGCGCUGCUGGUUCUGGCUGCUGGUGGGGCUGCAGGCGAUAAGUGCGUAUGGAGCACAGUUGUCAUCCGAAGCUUGCAGAGAGCUGGGCUUCUCCAGUAACUUGCUAUGCAGUUCUUGCAACCUUCUUGGACAGUUCAAUCUGAAUCAGUUGGAUCCGUUCUGCAGGCAGUGCUGCCAAGAAGAAGCUCAACUGGAAACUAGAAAGCUUUAUGCAGGAGCUGUCCUGGAGGUAUGUGGAUGAAAAUUGGGAAGGUUCCCUCAAGUCCAGGCUUUUGUCAGGAGUGAUAAGCCAAAACUCUUCAGGGGACUGCAAAUCAAGUAUGUGCGUGGUUCUGACCCUGUACUAAAGCUGCUGGACGACAGUGGGAACAUUGCAGAGGAACUGAGCAUCCUCAAGUGGAAUACAGAUAGUGUGGAAGAAUUUCUAAGUGAAAAAUUAGAACGUCUAUAAAUCAUUGCUUUCAAUCCUUUUUCCUCUUCAUGUUCUGUCAUGGUAAUCUUUUCAGAUGUGGUGUGCUACAACUGAAAACACAUUCUGCUUCUAUAUUAAUUUUAAAAUAUCUGUUGUGCUGUACUAAACAUAUUGUAAUUAGAAAGGGAAGCUUCAGCACACAUCUGACAAGUUGACAAACAGAAUAGCUUGUCUUAAUAUUCAGCUCUUAAUGCAUUUAUCAUUAAUAAAAUGCAUUGUUUUAAAAUUAAUUAUGCAAAUAUCAGCUUGCUGUAAUUGAACCUGUUUUUACAAAUACUCUUAAAACUGAAGAGCUUCAAAUAAUUGAAAUGAUUACCAUGCUUUUUUUUAUCUGCUACUCUUUGUAAGAAAGUCAGAACCAAAUGCAAUGUACUAUCUCCCAAAGAAACUUGACUGCUAAUGCCCUCUUCUUCUUUUGUAUUUGAACUGUCCUUUUUUAUAGAAGCAUCGUUUACAGUUUCUAGUUCACAGGUUUUGAAGCUGAUGGAGUAACUCAUGCUCUGGUACUGUGAAACAUUUAGUAAGUACACUUUAGUGAAGACUACAUAGAAAACCUCUGAGGUAUAUGGAAGUCAGAUGUCAGGUGUGCUUUACAUUAAGUGUUUUGCUUCAGAAAACAUGAGAUAGAAGUCUUCAAAAACCUUUCCUUCUAACUGUCGCAGGUUUAUUGGAAGUGUGUUUAUCAAAUGAAUUUAUAAACUGUUCUUUUAAAAUGUAUAUUUUUCUUUCUCAGUGGAAAUUUAUGCAAACAGGGAAUACAGGCAGUAUGGCAGGUAAUGAGUCAAGUCCAUUAUGACUUGCUGUGUUUUUUCCACUUAAAGUGAAUAAAUAUGGUAAGCAAGAA